GUGGCGUCUGGAGCGGCACGCGGGAGUGCGGGGAGGCGCGCUCGCAGCAGCGUUGUCCGUACUUUGUGCACAUUGGGCUCGUUCCCCGUCACAAGCGGGAACAGUGUCAUUGACAAGGAUAGUCAGCGGCACAUCGUCAGGGGCAGUACCUCCCAAAUACAGACAAGAUGGCUGGCAGCUAUGGGGUAUACGAUUUGAGGUUCUCCAACAUUUCGGCGGCGCUGAGCACGUGCGGCGAGUUGCACGACAACACCACGCUGCCCUACUUCCAAUGCCUCUGCUCGGGCCUGGUGGAUAAGUACGUCGUCCGUGCCAAGUACUUCUUCUGCAAGAAAGCCGGCGAGCUUGAAAAGGAGGCCUCGGCCGAGACCACGCGGCAGGUCGGCGCGACUAUCGGCAUCAUCCUGGCCGUCUGCGCGCUGCUGGCCAUCCUCAUCUUCGUGUACAGGCGGUUCAAGCCCCAGAUUCUUGCAAAGACUCGGGCGGCAUUCUCUCACUGUGGCAUGAAGAACCACUACGACUCAUGCACCCGGAUGUUCUGCGUUUGCUGCCAGAAGCACUCAACCAAAAGACUCGACGAGCGUGGGAACGAACUGCCGUCCAACCAGAACCUGUCCGGCCAGCCCACCAGCCGCUGCGGCAACCUCUGCUACAGCGACGCCUGCCUCAGCGCCAUGGAGUUCAUCUGCGACUGCGACUGCUUCCGCACGCGCAAGGCGCCCAAGUACAUGGUGCCCAUCCUUGGGAAGCCUCGGUCGCGGUCGGGCCAGCCCUCCAGCGAGCCGUCGGAGGAGCCCGUGGUGGAGCUGCAGCCGCCGCGGCGCAUGCGCUCCGUGCGCAAGGCACCGCCGCCGCCGAUGCCGAAGAUGCCCGACGCGCCCGGCUUCGACCCGGACCAGAGGGCAGCCGGCACGUGGCGCCCGCCGGGUCCCCCGUACCAGCGGCCGACCGCGCCGCCGCCGCCCGGUCCGGCGCACCACGCGUACGGCGAGCCGCACGGACCUUCAUCGUCGGCCAUGUUCCAGCCGCCGCAGUACGACGACCUGUUCCAGGCUGGGCCGUCCGACCCGUCGCUGAACAGGGGAGGCCCCCUGCGCGUCUCCAAGGAGUUCACCGCCCAGCUGAACCAGGCCAUGGCCGGCCGGCGCUGGCCCUCCGAGAGCGAGAUAUAGAGGAGCCUCAGCGGCGCUCCCAGUCCGGGCCCCGUGUCACACGAGCUUCCAGACCGGCCGGUCGGUCGGCCGUCGUCACGACGCCAGCAGAGCCCACAGGGCCGGUCCAGUGCGUGGACCGUAAUGCCCGCCUCCACGGCCACACGCACCCGAGAGUCGUCAGCUUCGCGGACCAGGCGUCAGGCGAUGGCACCGCCCGGAGGCGCUCGGCCUGUGCGCGGUGGCGGGGUCAGGGCGGUGACCUGAUGGGCAAAGAAUCUCCUUGAGGCAUGGUGGUCUCGUGACGUCCGCCGUGCCCAGCGGUCCCCGUGCGUCGGAGGGGAGAACAUGGAGCGGGACGGAGGGGCGCGCUGCCGUCCUCGUGCGCGGCAGCGGCGGCAGCGGAGUAACGGCAGCAGGUCGCCGCGGGGCGCCUCUAUGUGCCGUGUCAUCACUGAAUGGUCGAGGAUGUAGUAGACGUGGGGCAGCUCUCUGUUAAAAAGAGUGGCCAUCAGUGGAAAGGAAUCUCUCCGAUUCCACCCACCACUGCCGAAGGCUACAUGUAGCACGCUUUUUACAUCAGCAUGUACCGGUGUGCGUUGCUCUGAACUCAUGAUUCGCCAACAAGGCUGAUUGCUGUGCGUUCUGGGAGGGGGCGAGGGAGGAGAUGGCAAAAUCUGACCGACCGCCCUGUUUACGCAAAAUGUACCGCAAACUAAACUUCACUAGUAAACGACUUUUUGUGCAUUUCCAACAAGAGAACAAGGCGUCAAGCAAACCGUAAAGCAUUCGGCCAGCAACUGUUUUCAGAUAUAGCUUGGCAAGUCAUCCCACGCCUCCCCCGCGCGGGCACCCACCGGCCAUCGGACCACAGCGCCGGGCAAGCCCUCGCGGCACGACACAGCACAGCUGCCGUCGAACGGAGGUUCACGGCCGUCCAGAGAUGCGUCUUCCCGACGAAGCUCUAGAAAGAGGCUGUGUUGCCGCCCGGACCUGUCGCUGGCGCCCGGUUCGGAUUCGGCCGCGCCAUGUGGUUAUCGUCGGCCAGAAGCGGGCGCCUUCGUUUGCCGGCCGGUCCGGGG